AUGCAAAAGGAUUACUAUUCCAUACUGAACGUGUCGCGAAAAGCAAGUCAAGAAGAGAUACGGUUUGCCUAUAAAAGAGCUGCUCUUGAAACACAUCCAGACCGGGUGUCUCCCAAUGAACGUUCACAGGCAACGCAGCAAUUCCAGUUGGUGAAUGAGGCUUUCUAUGUUUUAGGGGAUUCUACCCGUCGUGCUCAAUACGAUCGCGAAAAUGUUUUUACUUCUUCCUCAUCACGGUCAAAAACCAAACCAUCAUCUUCUUUCUUUGGUGGCCGCAGCAAAGACGAGGGUGCUUCUUCGAGUCAAGGUGAAAAGUAUGCGUAUGGAUUCCAAGACUCUUUCGCAAACUCUCAAUUUGGUAAUAUUUUUAAUGAAAUGAUGAGCGAGUCUUCUAACGAAGGUUUAUUGCAUCAUAUCUGGACCGCGAUCGGUGGUCUUGCUGGAGCUGCACUUGGUUUUAUUGCUUUUGAUGCACCUGGUGCCCUUUUGGGAUCCUUUUCCGGUGCGGGUUUAGGGAGAGUCCGAGACAAGCAUGGCAAAAGUGCCUAUAGUGUUUUUAUGGAUCUUCCAGCUACCGAGAAAGCUCGCAUCUUAAGCAAGUUACUCUUUCAGAUCUUAAAUACGUCGAAAACUUUUGCCAAUAAAUCACCUUAG